AUGGUGUCCAAAAUUACUUAUGGAACGUCAUGGCCACCCUCAGCUCGGUCUCAAGUUCCGAGCGCGGUCUUACGUCGCUUCGAAGCCACCGUGCAGUUUAAAGCUGUUGACGAAAGCGCAAGUGCUUGGAACGGAACCAACAUGAUCACGAGUGUCCGCUUUUCCAAGUAG